CACUUGCCCCACUGAGAGAUUCCUGUGAGGUGAAGUCGUCAGAGGGGGUGAAAACUUUGCUGUCCUCUGGAGCCAGCCAAGGGGUUAGGAGACAGAGGAGUGAGGCAAGUCAGAGCAUUGAGAUGAGUGCACCCACCCCUGUAACUGGAAGGAGAUUUGCAUCCCUCGGAUCAACACCAGGUAAUGGGGCUGUGAAGACUAAAAAAGAUCUUAUGCUUAUGAAGGAAAAGAAGAAACAGAAGGCACUGGAGAAGGAGAUUCGGGCGUUAGUGAGGGAGCGCGGAGAGCAGGAUAAAAAACUGCAGGCUCUGGAAGAGGAUCUGGCUAAGGUUGAAGCCAAGCUGAGUGCUGCAGUGCAGGAGAAAACAUCUCUUUCAGCAAAUAUGGCAUGCCUGAAAAAACAGCUUCUGGAAGUAACAAGAACCAGUGAACUACUCAAGUCAAAGCUGUCUGAAGAUGGUGUGCAGAAGAAGAUGAGCAGCCUGUGCAUGGAGUUAAUGAAGCUCAGAAGCAAGAGAGAUGCUAAGGAAAAGACUGCACUUGCAAAGCAGGAAAACAUGGAAAUGAAGCUUCAGGAAGCACAAAGGAAUCUAGAGCACUCAAAAGGAAAAAUAACACAGUUACAAGAAAAACUGUCUGCUACUGAGAGACAGAAAGUUGAAGACAGGUUUGACAUAGAAAACCUCCUGGAAUACGUCACAGAGCUCAGCAGUGUUGCAGAAACAGUUGAGAAAUACAAACUAGAUGUAGCCCAGAUGAAGGAGAUGCUGAUAAAGAAAGACCAUGAUAUUGAGAUCCUGAGGAGUACCAUGAACACAAAAGAGGAAGAAUCGUGUAAACUGAUGAGAGAACUUAAUGAAAGGUGUGCAGUGCUUCAACAAGAAAAAGAGAGACAGUUGUCUGAGAUCAGAGGAAAACUCCUGAGUGUGAAUGCUGAAAUAGAAGACCUGAAAUAUCAAAUUGUUUUGGAGGAACAAGAACACCAAAAACUGCUUCAGAAACAUGAAGAGGUUGUCUCUCAGCUGCAGCAAGAGAAGGAGUCAUCUGCAUCAAUGCACCAGAAGUUACUGGAGUUUCAAGAGGAGGUAACAAAUGAGAGACGACUUCUUGAGGAAGAGCUGAAUGCUACCAUGAAUGAACUGACUAUGUUACACACCAAGGAGAAGAAAGCUGAGAAGUUGGUGAAGCGAUUGGAAGAAGAAAUCAAAUCUCAAGGUCUUCAACUUGCACAGAUGGAAGAGAAGCUGAAAGGGAAGAAUGCUGAGUUGAAGCAAAUCAAUGAAGUGCAUAGCAGUGCUGUUCUGCAAAUCCAAGAAGAGCUUAGCAAUACAUUGCAGAAACUUGGACAGACUGUUGCUGCAUUUGAAAGCUACAAGAAGACAACAGGUGAGGAAAUAGGCAGUCUGAAACUGGAGAACUCCUCUCUGCAAGAAGAAAUUGCCAACCUAAAAAAAGUAGGCCAAGAGAAUCUACAGCUGCUUCAGGAAGCAGAAUACACUAAAAACAAAGCAAAAGAAGAAUGUGCAAGGAUGAUUUUAGAAGUCCAGACCAAGCUUGCACUAAAAGAAGCAGAAACUGAGAGAACAAGAGAGUCUUGUCUUGCACAAGUGACUAAACUUCAGGAAGACCUGGAAGAGAAAACUGAAGAUCUGAGAAGACAACUUGAGGCAGAAAGAUCAAGGAAAACCAUGGAUGAAGACAUGACCUGUAGUUUAAAAGAAGAGAUAAAGACCUGGCGCAAUCGAUAUGAAGAGUUACACAACAAAACUAAGCCUUUUCAGCAACAACUAGAUGCAUUUGAAGCAGAGAAGAAUGCACUCCUGAAUGAGCAUAGUGCAGCCCAGGAGGAACUGACUAAACUAAGCAAUGCAUAUGCGAAGCUACUUGGCCACCAGAACCAGAAGCAAAAAAUCAAACAUGUUAUGAAGCUGAAGGAAGAGAAUACCCAACUGAAGCAGGAUGUGUCCAAGCUGCGUGGAUUGCUAGUAAAGGAAAAGGAAACCAAGAGACACCUUGAGAAGCAACUGUGUGCAAUACAGGGCAUUAAGCAUUUUGAUCCUUCCAAAGCUUUCCAGCAUGGUAGCAAGGAAAACAUUCCUCCAAAAACCCCUCUGAAAGAAGGCAAGUUUAGAUAUCAGUGUAGCCUUGUGUUUGUACCUCUGAACUCCAAAGAAG